AUGGCCGUUUAUUACGAAACCAGCUGGUCCAUCCUGAGCACCAUCGGCCUGGCAAAUUUCUUCUUUGCCUGGAUUGUCGUUGGCGUAACGAAGCUGACAUUCCUCUCCGCUGUCCCUAUCGUCGUCUCUGCCGCGAGUGCAGUCGCUAAUGGUCUAUGCUACUAUGCUUGGUACAUGGACUCCGGCAAAACGAGCACGGCAAGUGCAUACGCUGUUGCGGACAUCUUGUGGAUGAUCCAAGAGGCUGGGCUGUCUUUCUACAGUUACGCUAUUCUCUCUCAAGUCUUAAGGAACCGGAAGCGACUGGUUUUCUUGGUCCUCUUUUGGGUCUUUAUGCUGUGCGUUUUGAUGGCAAGGUUGAUCUUGUUGGCCUACCGGAUCAAAUCCAUCCUUCAAGGCGACCAGAUAUUUAAGACCAUCGUCAAUGGAGCACACGUCGGCUACUUCAUGUCGUUGGCGACCGUGGAGUGUCUUAGUGCUUUUUUCCUGCUACACACGUUCGCAGCAGCUAAAAAUAAAAGGGAACAAGCUUCACUCGGAUCAGAUUUCAUGAGACAUCUCAUGCGAAGUACAGAGGUGCGACUCGCAUUACUGGCACUCAUUGGUGUGGCGAGAGCGAUCACCUUUCUUUUUCAACCUCCAAUCAGUGGAGCAGUUAGCACUUCGAGUCAAAUCGACGUCUUUCUCUACUCACUCGAAUGUCUCUUUCCGGUUAUUCUUUUGUAA